AUGGUUGAACAGUAUAUAGAGCCAGUUAAACGUCUAAGAACGGAGGCGGAUUUAGACAAAUUUGAAAAGUCCGAAACUUUUGGCAAUAUUUUGAACUUUGUCAUUCGACUUGCAACCUCAGUCCAUGGUUUAGAACUUACAGACAAAAGCAUACCUGUCGAUAGUAAAAUAGAUGGCGUCUUAAAGUUGUUUGAUGAGAUCGAUCAAAUUUCAGAGGCCCAUCCUAUUAAAACAGAGACUACAAGCCGAUUUGGUAAAGUUGAAUUCAAAGAUUUCUUCGAUGAAUUGAGAGAGAAAGCAACAGAUUUGAUACAUGAGCACUUGCAGCUACAUUAUGAUUCGAACAAUGAUUACGCAACUGAACUUCGAGUGUAUUUAAUCAAUUCAUUCGGUGAUCGGGAAAGAAUCGAUUAUGGUUCAGGACAUGAACUUAACUUCCUUUGCUUUUUAUACUCUCUUGAUCAUCUUUCCUACUUCCAAUCCAGAGAUUAUGACAAGUCCAUAGUAUUGAAAUUAUUUGCAAGAUAUAUGAAGACAAUGAGAGCAUUGGAACUGAAAUAUUGGCUUGAACCCGCGGGAUCUCACGGAGUUUGGGGUUUGGAUGAUUUCCAUUUUCUCCCAUUUCUUUUCGGAGCAGCACAACUUUCCCCAUUUAGAAGGCCAAGACCUUUGAGCAUUCACAAUAAGGAUUAUGUUGCGGAGUUUAAGGACAAGUAUCUAUACUUUAGUUGUGUUGAUUUCAUCAACAAGACUAAGACAGGUGCCGUUUCUUUGAGAGAAAGCUCCCCGAUGCUUGAUGACAUAAGUGGAGUCAAGACAUGGAAGAAAAUCGAGGAAGGUAUGAUAAAAAUGUACAAGGCCGAGGUUCUGUCGAAAUUACCUGUUGUUCAACACUUUUUCUUCGGUACAAUACUUCCAUGCCCAGAUGGAGUGCCUCCACACUCUGAAGAGGAAUGUGUUCACACACAUGAAAUACACUCAACAUGGGGUGAUUUUUGUGGUAUAAAGAUUCCAAGUGCAGCUGCUGCAAGUCUUGCAGAACGUAAUAAGCAUCAGGCGCAUUCAAUUGCCCAGUAG